CCUUCAAGUGUUCAACAUGGCCUUUAAGAAGCGACGGAUCUUUGAUAUGCGCCAAGUGCUAUCCGAGCAGCAGCUCAGCAAAACUACCGAAAGCCACAGGAAAAGCAGCCACACCGUGUACACACCCAAAACUGGGGCCAGUCGCAAGCGCUGGAAAUUAAAUCAGCUGCGACUGGUGAGAACUUGGUUCAUGGAGAGUUUGCGGAACUAUUGCCACACAACAUCGCUGCACGGAUUCAGCUAUAUCACACGACAGGAUAUUAGCCGGAACGAGCGUUGGUUCUGGCUGGGCGUGGUGAUAGCGGCAAUUAUAGCCGCCGUUUCCCUGGUGCUGGUCUCGUGGUAUUCGAAUCGUGAGACACCCACGGUGACUGUCAUCGAGAGCUCGCACUUUCCCACCUGGAAUAUACCCUUCCCAGCGGUAACCAUUUGCAAUUUCAACAGAGUGUCCAAAACUAAAGCCCUGGACAUGAUGCAGCGCAUGCGACUGCCACCCAAUGUGACCAAGGCGCAACUGCAGCAACUCUUUAACUUAACCCUGAUUCCCACGGGCAAACUUAUAAGCGAUAGUUCAUUGCAGAUCUACGAUAGGAUAUUGAAUCUGAAUAAUAUCACCCUGACGGAGCUGUUCAAUCGAUUGUCACCCGACUGCCUGGACAUGAUCUCACGCUGCAUUUGGAAGGGCAUCAAAACGCGUUGUGAAAGCCUCUUUCAACGCAUUUCCACUCUACAGGGUAUUUGCUGUAGUUUCAACUAUUUUGGCGCCGUUUCCAAUAAUUUUCCCAUCAAAAUCGCGUACCAGAUUCCCAAGCGUCCGUAUCGUGUCACUGGCUGUGGCUAUCCUACAGGUCUAUCCGUGCUCCUCGAUCCCUUGGUCGAGGAUUAUUAUGCCACCUUCUUUAGCGGCUUUGGCUUUCGCCUGCUCAUUCAUGAUGCCUAUAAUUUUCCGGAUGAGAACUCAGAGACCAAGGUAGUCACAUCCACACGCGAGAGCUUUGUGCGCAUCAAUCCAGAGUCUACCUACGCCACCAGGGACAUACGCCAGAUGGACUUGCGCUGGAGGAACUGCCUCUUUGGCAGCGAACGCAAGCUCGAUGGCCUGACACGUUACUCUUUCAUCAAUUGCAUGUUCGAGUGCAGAAUGCGCAUGACCCUAAAACUUUGUGGUUGCCUGCCAUCUUAUCUAGCACACAAUGCCUCCAUCAAGGUGUGCGGCGUGCUCAACCUUAACUGCAUGAUUGAAAGCAAACGUUUAUUUUCUCGCGCCCUGGCCAAUCUAGACGCCCCGCUUUCCGUAGUCCGGCAAACGAAUAGUUUUCCCUGCAACUGUUUGCCCGACUGCGAGUCGAAUCUAUAUGUGUCAGAGAGCACCAUGGGCAGGCUCGAUAUAAGCUACUCCGGCAACAAAAUGACCAGCAGUUCUAAUCAAACAGAUAGCAUCUUGGUGCACGUCUUCUAUAGCGACUUAAUGUCCACCAGAUAUCGUAUGGAGAUCUUUCAGAACUGGCUAUCGGCACUGGCAUCAUUUGGCGGCCUGCUAGGUCUUAUACUUGGCUUCAGCAUUGUCACGGCCUUUGAAUUUGUAUACUUUCUUACAUUUCGACCUGUGUUUAACUAUAUCAAUAGAGAACGAGAUUAA